GAAGAAGGACCUCCAAGGAGCUUGCUUUGUGCCGCCAGAAUUUUUCCAAGAUGGCCCAGGGUUACCGGACUUUGCACAUCGCACCUUUCGCAUCCCAAAUCACUUUCAGCAGGAAGUCGAAGUGCAGAAGAACCCGCCACUUGGAUCUGCUUUCUCCACUGCCAUUGCUGCCAUUGCUGCACAUGCAUAUAGCAGAAUGUUGAAGCCUCCCUUGGGUAUUGUGCAGCUGUCAAUGAAGUCGUGUUUGGAUGACCUAGAGCCACGACCUGUGAUUGAGCCAAGGAAGAGUAAGGGCGGCGCAAAGCAUCCCGACACCUGUAAGGAGUGUGUCUUCUACUUCUUCAGUGCUACUGGAUGCACAAAAGGUGAAUCUCACGACGAUGGUAAGGAAGGCAAGGACGUUUUGAAAGACGUCUGCAAGGAGAUCGAAGAGUUGCCACCAUCGAAGCCAGAGGCAAGUGCUGACUCAGCACAGCCUAGAAGUCCAAGAGGAAGCCCAAGUGGGGCAACAGGGGCUGGAGCAGAACAAGUCUUUGCGCAGUUGCUGCUGCAGUUGCAGCAAGGGCAAGCGCAGAUUGCCAGGGAGACAAGAGAUUGUCUACAGAAGCUGGCAGAAGGAUUCCAGAAAUCUUCAACUCGACCAGGGAUUGUUGAUGUGAAAGGGAUUGGAAAGCCUGAUAACUUCAAAGGUAGUCAUGAGGAAGUUCAGAAGCAAUGGAAGCCCUGGAGUUACAAGUUCGAAACGUGGUUCUGCAGCCAAUGGCCUACAGGUCAACAAGCUUUGGACUAUGCCAGAGGAAAGGGUGACGACCCUGUCACCGCUGUAGAUCUCUUGAACCACACCCUGCAGGACAUCGAUGCCAUUGAUGCACACCUUCAUGUAGCCCUGGUUUCCUUGACUCAGGGGAUGGCAUAUGAUGUCGUCUACAAUUCCCGUAAAAAGUGCGGGCUUGAUGCUUGGAGGAGACUGUGUGUCACCUAUGAACCUCAAAACAAUCGUACAAACAUCAGAUUGCUGAGGAGAAUCCUUAGCCCUUCAAGGUCAACCAUGUCAACCAUGAGAAGUAGUUUAGACCAUUUUGAGUCCGACAUCGUGGAGUAUGAGUCAAAGGGACAAGCAAAACCAUCAGACGAAACUCUUCGAGCAGUACUGUUGGCUAUGGUGCCAGAAAAUCUUGAAGAACAUCUUGAACUCAACAUCCAGAGGUUUGACACUUACUCCAAAAUGCGUAGUGAGGUGAUCUCAUUCCUGGAGCAAAAGGCAGAAGGUCAGGAGACUUGGAAUGAAGAAGCUUGGCCAAAUCAAGAUGGCCAAUGGGAAGAGCAAACUGGUGAGCAAGGUGCCAUCUGUGUUGCCAGUGCUGAUUCAGCACAGCAAGCACCCAGGCAGAGGCCACUCACCAAGUAUGAGAAGGCGUUGGAAGGAGAGCAGAAGGAGUUCAUGGAAGGAAAGAUUUGGAAGCGCCCUGAAGUGUUCUGGAAUAUGCCUUUCAGGUUGGUUUGCAAUCAAAGCUGCUAUGAGGGCAAGUUCUACUGUGGAUACCAGCGCUGCAAACACAAAGGCUUCACUUCCCCAUCUCAAUUCAAUCAACAUCUCUGUUCAAAGGUUGGCACUCGUGGACAUCCAGACCAAGAGCAAAUCAAUGCUUGGGAGAAGGACCCCUAUGUGGUGCCAGAAGGACGCAGGCACUAUGGACUUUGGGAUCCAGAGACUGGCAACAUGUUGAAUGCCAAGGUCGACGCCUGGGACUCUGAACCUCUGAGAGUAGCCAUCGAGAAGAGUAAGGAGAGACUGAGGUUGGAGCUCUCUGCAAAGAAGCCACCUGCUCAGGAGGAAGCCACUGAGGUCGAGAAGAAGGAGACGGUGCUGUUGAAAGCAAAGCCCAAGUGCAAGCCAGAGAAGUUUGGAACAAAGCAUGUGGAGAAUGUUGACGACUCUUCUGAAUACACCAUCGAUUCAGAAGACAUUGAAGAAGGUGAGCCUGAAGCUUUUGAAGUGAAAGAUGAAAAAGUGAAGAUUCCUGAGGAGGAUCCUGAGGAGAAACCUGAGGAGACUGCAGAGGACUUGGAAGCUUUGAGAGAAGAGAAGGGUCAAGACCUUGCAAAGAAAGACAUCAAAGCUUUGGAGAAGAAGAAGCUUGAGGAGAAAAAGGCAUUGAAGAAGAAACCUGUGGGAUUCACACCUGGCGCUUUGAUCAUGCAGAAGCUCGAGGAGGUCAAGUCCAUUGAAGGAACUUUGGUACUUCUGGAUCGUGACCAUCCAGCACGCAAAGCUUUGGAGGAGACCAUCGCCCAGAAGAAGGAGGAGAUGAAGAAGAUCCAAGCUGAGAGACAGAAGGAGGACGAUGAGAUGAACCCUGAAGAAGGUGGAGAAGGUCAAAGUGGAGAGUUGAAUAGCUUUGGACCCCCCAGCAAGUUGCCACCAAGACGUGAUGGACCAGAAGGAAACAACUGGUGCCGUGUGGACUUCAUCGUGGACAGUGGUGCAUCAGACAGCACCCUUCCUGUGGGUGUACUUCCAGGAAUUCCAAUGAAGCCACCACACGGCUUCAAGGACUUUGCACUUGCGGACGGACGUAUUAUCCCAAACUUGGGACAGAAGGUUGUUCAAAUGGCAUUUCAAUGUGGGCUGGUGCUGACUGGAACAUUUUCAGUGGUGUACAGCGCAAAGCCACUACUCAGUGUGGGCAAGAUGACAAACUUGGGACACACUGUGAAUAUGACACCAGAAGGUGGCCAGAUCAUCUUGAAGAAUGGCAAGUCCACCAAGAUCUACUUCAGGAGAAUGGAAAUUGCAGCCGAAGGAGAAGAGGAAGCCAAGCAAGAUGCUUCAAAGAGACAAAGAUUGGCUAUUCAAGAUGUUGGUGUUGAGCGAGCAUCUGGACCUUCAAGUGGGUCAGGAAUCAAGAGACCUGCAGAGGAUCCACCACAGGAUCCUAGGCUCGAAACCCCUGAGCAGCCGGGAGGCAGUGUUGCUUCAACACGCCAGCCUGGAACAAAGAGGGAUGUAGAGCAAGCUGGUCUGAGCUCUGAUCCAAUGGAAGACGUUGUGCAGUUUCUUCCUUUCUGGACUCCUUGCUGGACUGUGAAGAAUACGUUCAUCAAUGUUCCGGAGGAGAAUGUGUCCAGCGAUGAAGAGUUUUACACACCUUUCAAAAGGUGCAACGAAUCCUCACCUGCGGUUCUUCAGGACAGCCAUAGUCUUCG